UUGGUUUUGACAUUCGAGAUUAAACAUGAGGUUCUUUCGAAAUAAAUGUGCUUUCUUUGAAAGGUCGCACCCUAAUUUAAACGUAUUUGUCAGAAAUGCAAGUCAGCCCAUCAAAAGGGCUCCCUAUCCCCCCAGCCAUGGCCUUGUGUAUAUAAGGAGACCUACCGGGACCUGGUCUCACCAGGAGCAGCACGCACACACAGAGAGAGGGGGUCACUGACAACCAGUGAGAGCCCCUUCAGCAUCAUGGACAAAGAUCACGUCCUGGGUAGCGACAUCUCUUCGUCGUCCAGGUUCAGCCGCAAGUUCAUCGUCAUCUCCGCGACGCUGCUGCUGCUGAUCGUGGUGGUGGUGACGGCCGUGCUACUGGGGGUCUUCAUUGGGGGCAAGAACGCAACAGAGCUCUACCAGUUCUCCGUGAAUAAUAAUGACGGCAAAGUUGAGCAGCAGACGGUGCAGGUGAAUCCGAAGGAGAACAUCGCCACCUUCUACAUCCAGAGUGCCAACCUCUCCUCCACCGUGCUCCUCGACUACAACACGAUGCUGAUGGUGCUGAGAACAAACGACCUUGACAGCUGCUACGUUCGGAAAAUGGAGGGCGGAAACUUCACGUCGCUGUCAGAUCUCAGCAACAGCCUCAAGAACCUCAACGGUAAGCCAGUGCAGGAGAGAGACAACUCAAGCUCCAUAUCGUUCGUCCCCGGUCCCGAGAUCUUCGACCGAUCCCUGUUCAGCCGCAGCGCCAACCUCCUCUGCCAGGACGUGAGAUCGUUCUGGCUCGUCCAGGGCGACCCCAACACCCGGCGACUAUGCAUCAAGUGGCGGAUCAAAAUAAGAGUAUGUCUCCGCCAUCGGUGUGUUUAUAUCUUGGUGUGCAUUUCAUGGUAGCGUUAUAUUUUGUUGGUAAGGCCCUGUGUUAAGUUCAUCAAUGUGGGUGAAACGAGUAAUCGGGUCACGGUGAUUUAUAAUCUUAAACUACACGCGGGGUUUGUGCGCUUCUGCUCUCUCUUGGCUUUCACGUCACAACUCGUCCAAAAAUCACCCUUCCGAAACCCACCGGUUGGAAACUGUCAUGAGGCCUAAAGUAACAAAAAGUUCAGCAUAUUAUCUCCCCACCACCACCACCACCACCAAUUUUCUUCUGCCCAAAAUUGAACAUUUUCCCUUUUGGAUGGCUCUAGUUACAACUACAGUAUAUGUACAUGUAGCUGAUCUGCUGUGUCCCCUCUUGAAUCCUAAAUAGACAGCAACAACAGCGCUAAAAAUUAGAAAGUUCGGAGACGAUGAGGAGUGGUCACUCUGCGCUCUGUUCUGCCCUCCGGGAGAAGUGGGGCAACUCAGAAGGGCAAUCGCGUGUCUGCAAUAUCUGCAAUAGCGAUCGGAGGGACACCCUCCCACAUCACAACAACACCGCAGCCGAAUUCCUCUGCUAAUGGGAUUGAGCGGCGCCAGUGUUAAUAUUUUAGACCCAAAUAUUACGAGUAUUUUGCAUAUUCAAAUCAACUUUAAUAUCAAAGUCUUCAUUGUGCAUAUAUUAAUUAACCACCAGCAACUCAAUCGACAGCCAAUUAACAUUACCGACUUCAUGUCGGUCGAUUGACAUUCAAGUAAUAUCAAUUAAAGUUACAUGCAACUUACCCGUCCAGAAGUUUGUCCAAAUCUAAAUUGGGCGCGUGCACGUGGGGACCCGGGCUCCAAUCCCUGAUCACGACUGCUUUCUCUUAUCAUCAUCAUCAUAAAGAAACGCACCUGGCUACCAGUAGCUAUGCAAAAUGGUUUGUUAGGUUCCCAUAUGCUACAGAGUGCACAAUUAUACAAGAAAUCACGGGGAAUGCUCCCCAAUGUCAUCAGAUCGCAGCAGACGCACGCGAUGAUUGAGCCUAAAGGGGGUUUGUUAAAUCUAUUGGACGGGUAAAUAAAAACAACAACAAGUCAACAAUAAACGGAGAGCGAUGAUGUUUCUCCCCCACGGAAAGAGGUCUUCGACAAACCAAACGCAUUCGGCACGGAGCGAGUUACCUUGAGGUCGGUGUGAGCGACACGGGACGUCGUUCAUCCAAUCACAGGCAGUUACGAUCACAACACUGCAGUAAAACAACAACAGCAGCAACAACGAUAAUAAAGGACUGUAGUUUGGGGUUAGAUCGCGUAAAUGUAAAGGUGUGUCGUUCACUCACCACCACCCGACACAGCCAAUUAGUGAGGUUUGUCACGUAAACGAAAACGCGCAAAUUAGUUUAGGACUUCAGCGCACCGGUUGUGUGUCGGAGAGUAAACCCCGCACCAUUUACAAUUUUAGUACUGCGACGUUUCGCUCGUGAUUACAACAACAACAACAAUCAGCCUAAUCAGGCGAAUUGCCACAAACGUGUAAACCACAGCAAGCGGCACCAUGAGUGGCCGCUACAGAGAAACAGCAGACGUCCUUCAUAUUGUACGAAUACACUUUUGACUUUUUAAAAAUACGCUUCGUUAUUCUCUUUGUUCGUCGCGUGUGAACAAAAAAUAAAAAUGUUACUUCA